AUGGCAAACAAGGAAUUGAAACCAGAAGUGAGGGAUAAUUUUGCUAAAGCAAAUGAGGCGUUUGUGAAGCAAGAUUUUGACACGGCCAUCAAGUAUUAUCUUGAAGUCAUAAGACUUGACAGACGAAACUUUGGAGCCUAUAAGACUAUGGGUGAAAUCUAUCAAAUGAAAGGCGACAUGAACAAGUGCUGUGGCAUGUGGCUUUACGCUGCUUUAUGCGUACCGUGGGACAUUGAAUUCUGGGGCACAGUGGCCGAGCUUAGUACGCAAUUGGGCCAUAUUGACCAAGCUAUUUAUUGUUACAACCAUGCUAUCAAUUAUAGACCCAAAGACACUUUGCCCAAUCCUCAAUUCUUAUUGGAUAGAGCCAUGUUACACAGACAGAAACGGCUUUUUGGAAGAGCACUUGAAGGCUUUCAACGUCUUCAUCGCAUGUUUCCGACCGACCCACAAUAUGUGAAACACUUGGCUUCGGUGUACUGUGAGCAGAAGCGUUUGAGCGAUGCGGUGCGGUUAUAUAAGAAUAUCUUGGAAGAUAAUAUCAACGCGAAGCCUGAUCAAAAGUAUGUGCCUUUCGACUGGUCUGCGUUGAAUAUUUUGUGCGAGCUAUUGAUCACACAGCACAAUUGGAAAGAGGGUGUCAAAAUGAUAAAAGCAGCAGCUCGUUUUCUCCAGGACCGUGGUGAUGAGUCAUGGUGGACAGACGAAGAUGAUUCUGAAUUCGAUGAAAGACGGCCAUCUGUAAUCUUGAAAUUCCAUCCCCACGAAUUGCAAAAGUAUAUGGGAAGAGAGUAUGGGCUUCCAAUUGACAUCCGCUUCAAGCUUGCACAAUUUCGACUCGAGUUGGAUAAUAGCGAAGAAGCUUUACGCCAUUUUGAGUUUUUGUAUCAUGAAGAAGAUCUAUUUGACGUGGCAGACUUAUUUUUCGAAGCAGGAAAGCUCUUGGAAGAGAAAGGUCUUCAAGAAGAUGCAUUGAAGUUUUUGGCGCAGCUGAUACAGAGGAACGGGUCUGCAGCUGAAGAUGAAGAUCAGACAGAAGAAUUCCGUUCCGAAGCCAUGGUAUUAAUGGGAAAGUGUUACAUGGAGCUAUAUGAUUAUGAAAAUGCUAAAGAAGUAUUCACUCAUGUUUUACAGAAUGAGCCAAACAAUAUUGAUUUGCAGUUGAUGUUGUGCGAAACUUACUUCCACCUCAAUGACUUUGAUAAAGCCAACCAAUUUCUUGAGAGUAUUAAGGAGGCUCAAGAAAUUGAAGAGGAAACACCUGAAGAGAAAGAAUUGAAUAUCGAAAUCGAUAAGCAAGUGGGUCUUGAAGAAGGUCCCGCUGUCAUUAAGAAUACAGGACAAAGUAAUCGAACCCAUAAGUUGACUCAAGCAGAACGCGAAGAUAUCAAUAGGGACGUUACACACCGCAUUACGAAUAAAUUUAACAGAAUGAAGCGUUUACAGCAAGCAAUCAAUGAAGGGAAUAUGGUUGCAGCUGCAGCUUGGAUGAAAUUGGCUGCCCAGCUCAUCGAAACGUUUUGCGCUGUUCGUUCAUUUUUUCCUAAAAAUAGAAAGACAGCCUUCAAAGGUAUUCCAACAUACAAACGAAAGGAAGAUGUUGAGAUCAGUGAUAGAGUGAGAAGGCUUGAUACAAUGAUGGAAAAUAAGGAAGAAGGAGAAAAUUAUUCACGUAUGGAAUUAACCAACAAAACUGAGUUUAGAGGUUUGAGUUAUGAUGAUUGGCUACUAAUAUUUGUACAGAAUGCUUUCUUGUGGAAUAAUUACAAGCAUGAUACAGACCAGGCCAUUGCCAGUCUAGGAAAAGCUUUUGAGGUCAAUGUAUUCAUCCAGGACAAGACGCGCAGUAUGCUUCUCCGGCUAGCGAUGCUUUCCUUUGGAAUAUUAAAAGAAGAUUUCGGUGAGAUCGUGUCUAAUAACGUGAGGUAUUUUCUCACUUCGACCCAAUUUUCGUCUACCAUUUAUGACUUUUUCAUGUGCUGUUUCAGUUCCGGAGUGGGAGCAUGGGCAGCGUUUAGCAAUUACAAUCAUCAGAAAUAUUUUCUUCGCCAUCUCAAGGCCUACGACUCUCUUUUGACUUCCAGCAGUGUCUCAGGAUCUGCUCAAGUGACACUUGACACGGCCAAUUUUACGUUCACUCGCGAGCACCCACAGCUACUCUACAUAUAUGCAUGUCUUCUAGGGAGCAACAGAACGUUUUCGUCUCCAAUUGUCUACUUGACCCGUGCUUACCGUGAGUAUAAUAAGGACUCGACCAUUUGCUUCAUGUUAGGAUUGGCACACGUUCACCGUUCGAUGCAAAGAAACAGUAACAACCGUCACAUCCAACUUCUUCAAGGUAUUAGCUAUCUCUUGGAGUACAAGGAGUGUCGGGAGCAAAAUGCCACAAUUUAUGAACUUCAAGAAAUUGAGUACAACUUCGGCCGUCUAUUCCAUAUGCUUGGUCUUCCUACCUUGGCCAUCAAACACUACAAAAAAGUGCUUCAGUUCCACGAUGAGAUGAAAGAUGACACAACAUAUGACAUGCUGCCCGAGGCUGCGUACAAUCUCAAUCUCAUUUACAUUUUGGACGGAAAUACAGCUAUGGCCAGAGACAUCAGUGAAAAGUACCUUACCGUUUGA